AUGCCUUCAUGGUGGUUGCUGCUGCAUUGCCUGGCCGCUGUUCUUACCAUGGAUGUUGAGGGGCGACAUGAUAGGUACGCCUGCCCUCAUUUUUCUUGCGGCCAUCUCCAGGACGUCCACUACCCUUUCCGCCUGCGAGGCGAUCCAACUGAGUGCGGUUCUCCGUCAUACGAGCUGGUUUGCGCCGGCGACCGGACUACAAUUCAGAUCAACACAGGGACAUACUUGGUCACCGAGAUCGACUACGAACUUUCAUACUUCCGGGUCGUGGAUGCCAACCUGGACAUGAGCAGCAGCUGCCCUCUUCCUCGCUGGGACCAGCGCCCUUACCUAAAUGGUCUCCAGAGGCCCAACGGCUUCAUCGAUUUGCCCCCCCCCCCCCCCGCGGUUACAUGGGCAAACUUUGUGAAUUGUUCACGGGCGAUCACGAACAGCAGUGACUACAAACCGGUGGCUUGCCUGAGCACCAGCACUUCUUUCGUCUAUGUGUUGGUCAACUCUUAUUAUGUCGAGAAGCUUAAGCCUUCUUGCGGGUACUUGGCCAUGGCUGCUUUGGGUGAUCGGAGCAUGCGCUCAUACCCUGGAGACUCGGUGGCUUCUCUUCUCGUGCGAUGGCUUGUGUUCAUUCUUACGGUUGAUUCUCAAAUCCUGUAUUGUGCAUUUGGAGCAGAUAAUUUGCGUUCCACUCAGCACCUUCACUCACUACGCUCUGCGAUAGUAUUCUCCCCGUUAAUAUUGAAGUUCGUUGCUGGAGUAUGCAGGUUAGUGGUUGCUCCCCUAGUGGUACUGUUCUUCCUGGCACACAAGUAUUGGAAAACAAGGAUCACAAUCGAUGCAGUCGAGAAGUUCCUACAAAUGCAGCAAAUGAUCGGCCCGACAAGGUAUGCCUACACAGAUAUUGUCGCGGUCACAGGCCAUUUCAGAGACAAGCUGGGUCAGGGAGGCUAUGGCUCCGUCUACAAGGGCAUUCUGCUCCCAGGCGAUGUCCAUGUGGCCAUCAAGAUGUUGGACGGCAAAUCCUGCUGCGAUGGAGAAGAUUUCAUCAGUGAGGUCUCCACCAUCGGCAGGAUCCACCAUGUCAAUGUGGUCCGUCUGGUCGGGUUCUGCUCGGAGGAAAUGAGGAGGGCGCUAGUCUACGAGUAUAUGCCCCAUGGUUCUCUUGAUAAGUACAUCUUCUCUGCGGAGAAGAGUUUCUCCUGGGACAAGCUCAGUGAGAUUGCCUUGGGCAUUGCUAGGGGGAUCAACUACCUGCAUCAAGGAUGCGACAUGCAGAUUCUACACUUUGACAUCAAGCCGCACAACAUCCUUCUUGACACCAAUUUUGUCCCAAAAGUUGCCGAUUUUGGCCUUGCCAAGCUAUACCCAAGGGGCAACAGUUUUGUGCCCAUGAGCGCCCUACGGGGAACAAUCGGAUACAUAGCUCCUGAGAUGAUAUCCCGGAGCUUUGGCGUCAUAUCCAGCAAGUCCGAUGUUUACAGCUUUGGGAUGCUGCUGCUGGAGAUGGCUGGAGGACGCAGGAACGCAGACCCGAACGCGGCAAACUCAAGCCAGGCAUUCUACCCAUCGUGGGUGUAUGACCGGCUAACUAAACAUGAACCGGGUGAGAUAUCUGCUGAGAUGCAUGAAUUGGAGAGGAAGCUGUGCCUUGUUGGUCUGUGUUGCAUCCAGAUGAAGUCUCACGAUCGGCCAGAGAUGAGCGAAGUCAUAGAGAUGCUCGAGGGGAGCGUUGACAGCGUGCCGGUGCCUUCAAGGCCAUUCUUCUGUGAUGAUGAGCACAGCUCUGUAGUGGAGCCUUACCAUUUCCUCUCUGAGCUGACUACCAUUUCGGAGGAGGGUGAGUGA